CGGCCCCAGAUCUAUCACUCCAUACUCGAGCUAACCAUGGACCGAAAAAUACGCGCCUGUGGUGAUCAAAAGCAAUUGAGGUCUUUCCGUGCGAAGCCUCGUCUUUCUCAUACCUCCAAUUCACCUCCUUGAACCCAACCACCACCAUCAUGUCAUCAGAGUCGCUGAUGGACCACCCGGCUUUUGCCCGCACCCCGCCGUGGGUGAAGGCCAAGCUACGGCCCUUUGCUAUCGAGAAGAUCAAGCAAGUUUACGAGUGGGUCGAGACAGAAUGUAUACCCGCAGAGAGAAUCUUCAAAGCACAAAUAAAGGACAACCGAUGGAAGAACCCUCCGAUUAUCCACGAGUUGAGGCAAAAGGCAAAAGCACAGGGUCUCUUCAACCUUUUCCUGCCAAAUCACUUUAAGGAGAGUCCUGGUUUGACCAAUCUCGAGUACUCUUGCUGUGCCGAGAUCAUGGGAAAGGUGUACUGGGCUCCGCAGACAAUGAACUGCCACGCCCCUGAGACUGGAAACAUCGAGCUACUAGCCAAAUACUGCUCCCCGGAGCAAAAGAAGAAAUGGCUCGAACCCCUCAUGAAUGGCGAGAUGAGCUCGGCCUACUCCAUGACCGAGCCUGAUGUCGCCUCCUCCGACGCCACCAACAUCGCCUGCAGCAUGAAGAUCACAGACACCGAAGUCAUCAUCAAUGGCCGCAAGCUCUACGCCAAUUGCCAGUAUAACGAAGACCUGAACAUCUACAUCCUCAUGGGCUGCUCGGACCCCGAGAAUCCCAACCCCUGGAACCGCCACACAACCAUCGUCGUCCCAGCACGAACACCCGGUCUAAAACAGGUGCGGAACCUGACCAUCAUGGGCUUCGACUGUGCGCCCGAGGGCCACGGCGAGUACAUCUACGACAACGUGCGCGUGCCCAAGGAAAACAUCAUUCUAGGCCCCGGCCGCGCCUUCGAAAUCGCCCAAGGACGUCUUGGUCCCGGCCGCAUCCACCACUGCAUGCGGCUGAUUGGGCAAGCCGAGCGUGCCUACGAGCUCGCGCUCGUUCGGUGCAUCGAGCCCAGGAAGAAGCCGCGUGGGAAGCUCAUCGGCCAAUUCGACAGCAACAUCGAGCGGAUUGCGGACAUGCGCAUGACGAUUGACAGCAUGCGAUUAGUAGUGCUGAAUGCUGCCGACACGAUGGACUACGCCGGUAACAAGGCGGGCAAGUACGCCAUUGCACAGAGCAAGAUCCUUGUUCCGAAUGCGUUACUGAAGGUGAUCGAUGAGGCGAUGCAGAUGUAUGGUGGGCAGGGCCUUACGCAGCAUACUCCGCUACCGGAGAUUUGGACAUAUGCGCGAUUCGUGCGUGUCGCGGAUGGACCGGAUGCGGCGCACAGGCAUCAAGUGGGAAGGGACCAGAUGAAGACGGCGCAGGGUGUCCGGACGAGGUUUGAAGAGUACACGAGGAAGUAUCAGGAGCUGUGUAAGAAGUGGGAGUUGGAGCCAGAGGAGUUCUGGGGAAUUGUAUGAGAGCCGCGCCCCUAUUAAGAUUGACACGGAGUAGCGAAGAAAAGACAUAGAUUCUAUGUAGCAUCCAUCAACUACUCUAUUUUGAGACAGU